AUGGCUCUUAUUUGGAACCAAGAUCCUAGGGCAGAGAGAGCAACUCUAAUGAGUCUCUCUACUGAGCUUCUGUGUAUGGUUGCUGCAGAGCUCAGCAUGACUGAUGUGAGCCGAGUUGUCCGCUGUAAUAAGCGCCUUAAUGCUGCAGUCACCCCGUUUUUAUAUCGAUUUAAGGUCAAGCCUUAUAUGUGGACAAAGAUGGCUGAGAUAAAGCCUGGCCAAUACGCGUACAAGUCCCCAGUAGCAACCUGGGAAACCGCUCGUGUUACCAGCAUCCUUGUCACCCAUACACCCCUCGAAUGGGCUGCUCUCAUGAACCUAGCCAAUGCCAUCACUCGAAUGAUUGGACCCAAGCCGGAUCGGAACUUCUUUGUGGACAUGCGCUUUGGAACCGCUUUGGAAUUAGCAUCUAUGGUUGGCAGUGCCUCUGCUCUGAAAGCACUUGCAGCCACCCAUGCGGGGAGAUGGCCUAGAGGGAAAUGGGGAUAUUACCCCAUGCAUCAGGCAGCAUUUAACGACCAUAUCGAUGGUAUUCAGGUUCUGCUCGAUGCCGGCUGCCCCAUCAAUAAGUUUGACGACCGUCAUAUGACACCUCUUGCCGUGGCUACAGCUCGCAAGAAGGUCGUUACUGCAAAAUUUCUCUUGGAAAAAGGGGCUCGAAGAACAAAACUCAGCCAUGAUGCCCAAAUUGCGCUAGCUACAUUACUUAGAGAACCGGUACUUGAUCAGGAAGGCGAGAAAGUCAGCAGCGAGGCGGGAGAUGCACUCAGUACCUCUCCAAUAUUGUGA